GUUACUCAAUGUCACCAUGACAUCGUCUACAAGCGUGAUCGGGGAUUUCUAUUGGUGAAGCAGUUUCUAAAUAUCGUCAUACUAAAUCAUCCUUGCCUUAAUCGUUUUUAAAUGUCAAUUUCCACGUGGUGACGUCAGAGUUGGGACGUCCCAAGGAUCCCGUUUAGAUUUUUCCAUGACGUUCGACCAACCGGGAAAUAGCAGUCAGCUGAAGCAACUCGUUAUUCUUUGAGCUGCUAUCGUGCAACCAGGUGGACGACGACUCCCUUUUCUCGUAUUUUAUUUCGAGCAUCAAGGACCUGACCUCCGCUGGAGGACUGUGAACUUGGCCACCUGCCAGGCUGGGCCUCCUUCCUCCUGACUGACAUCUCCAGAGCUUCUUCUGCAGUUCUGUGCCUAGGGGAAGCUUCACCCCGGAGCUAUCAACAGCUACCGCUGUCAUGUCCUGACUCAUCGAACCUGAGGUUUCAACUGUAUCGUAACAUGGGGAACCUGCUAAAAGUCCUGACUUGCACAGAUCUGGAACAGGAGCCCAAUUUUUUCCUUGAUUUUGAAAAUGCCCAGCCCACAGACGCAGAACGAGAAGUGUGGGAGAAGGUGGACCUGGUGCUGAAGGAUGCUAGGGGAAUCCUGGACGAACUGCAAGCAUACAAGGGAGCGGGUCAAGAGAUCAGAGAGGCAAUCCAGAACCCCAACGACGAGGCGCUACAGAAGGCAGCGUGGGCGGCCGUGGUCCCCCUGGUGGGGAAACUCAAGAAGUUCUACCAGUUCUCCCAGAGAUUAGAGGCGGCGCUGCACAGCCUACUGGGAGCCCUGACCAGCGAGACGUAUGACAACCCAACGCAGAACUUGGAGCGUGAGCAGGCACUGGCCAAGCAGUUCGCCGAGAUCCUGCACUUCACACUGCGCUUCGACGAGCUCAAAAUGACUAACCCUGCCAUCCAGAAUGACUUCAGCUAUUACAGGAGAACGUUGAGCCGCAUGCGGAUCAACAAUACACCGACAGAGGGGGAGAAUGAAGUCAACAACGAGCUGGCCAAUCGGAUAUCUCUGUUCUACGCCGAUGCCACGCCCAUGUUGAAGACGUUAAGCGACGGCACGACAAAGUUUGUCUCAGAGAAUAAGAACUUGCCCAUCGAGAACACGACAGACUGCUUAAGCACGAUGGCGAGUGUGUGCAAAGUCAUGUUGGAAACGCCGGAGUACCGUAGCCGCUUCACCAGUGAGGAGACGGUUUCGUUCUGCCUGCGUGUCAUGGUUGGCGUCAUCAUCCUCUACGACUAUGUGCAUCCUGUCGGAGCCUUCUCCAAGUCUUCCAAGAUUGAUAUGAAAGGGUGCAUCAAGGUUCUCCGAGAUCAACCGCCCAACAGCGUAGAAGGCCUUUUAAACGCUCUCAGGUACACAACCAAGCAUUUGAAUGACGAAUCGACCAACAAGACCAUCAAGAGCAUGCUGCAGCAGCAGUAGGACUGAAACUCUGGUACAACCACUCGCCUCACGCCCGGUUUCGGGAGACAUCGAUGCUCUCUCCCAACGACGUCGGUGCACAGAAUGUUUUGUUUUAUUUGAAUUUAAAUGGAGAAAUAGCUGCACUUUUUAUAAUGCAAAAUGCUACUGCCAUUAUGCACGUAUUUUAUGUGCCAAAAAGAUGUUGCUGGGAUUGAAAUGUUUUCGAUAAAGGCCAUACAACAAGAUGGCAGCAAUGAAAGCAUUGUGGGUUCUCUGUUGUUUUUUAAAACUGAUUUGAAUUUUUCCCUGUGUAAGAGAUGGGAGUGCUUUGACUUGAACAUUUUAAAAAGAGAGCUAUAUAGAGAAAUAUAUAUUAUUUUUGUUUGAUUUAUUAUUUAAUGUUACAUCUUCUGCAUGACGAAAUUACGUAUUUGUUCUAUUUAAAAAAGUAUGGUUCAAGUUUUAUUUGUUUGCUCAGUUGUGUUCAAUGUUUUGUUCUCUGAAUGGUACUUGUCAGAAUUAUGAUUAAAAAGAUAGUACUGUUAAUGUUUUAUAUUUUUUAUAGGUUUUGAGUGUGAUUUGAGUGUAUGACAUUUUUCAUAGUUGUGUUGUAUUUUUCAUUUGGACAUUUCAAACUGCGAUGUGUGCAAAUCAAUUUAAAGUUGUGAGUCUGUACUGUUGUUGACAGUAUGUUGCCGCUGGAAAAAAUAAACAGAGAACUCUUGUUUUCUACAAAUGAC